AUAUUUUUAAUUUGCUAAAGGUUCUGAUGAAUCAAUGUUGAUAGUGUGUGCAUUAUUGGAGGUUGCUUCACACCCAGAAUACGAUAUUGCUUCAAUGACCUUUAAUUUUUGGCAUAGUCUUCAGGUUAUCUUGACAAAAAGGAUUUCCAAUAUUAUGUUGGGUGAUGAAGCAUCUAUUGCUGAGAGAAACAGGAGGCUUCAAGUUUUUUGCUCAGCAUAUGAAUCUCUUGUAUCCUUGGUUAGCUUCUGAGUUCAAUGUCCCCAAGACUAGCAAGAUCUUUCAUAUGAGGACCUCAAGGAAUUCAAACAGACUAGAUAUGGUAAUAAUUGCCUCAUUUCUUUAGGAUAAUGUUUUUUGGUGGUAAUCUCUACAGAGUUUUGUUAUGGCAAGACCUUAGAUGUAUUGUUAGGUACAGCAGCUCCUGAAUUUCCUGACGUGGAGAUUGGAUAUCAAUGCACACACAAAGAUGCAGCCUGUCUGUGCAUAUAUACAGAGGACUGACUAUUCCGUUGCUUAUUGAGCUAUGGGUUUUUGAACAAACUAACAAGACAGUGAAUGGAAUGUGUGGCAGUUUCCUGUAACAGUAUUUCUGGCUAGUCCUUGGUGUAGCUGAAAGUUAAAUGUCCUACAAGUUAUUGUUUAUCUUUGAAACUCUUUCUUCAUCAUAGAGUAGAUUUUGACUGUUAAUUGAUUUCUAGAUAAUCUAUGAGUUUGAGACUUUGAGUUACGUUGAGAGCUUUACAAUUAGAGAGCAAUUUAUAGCUAAAUUAUUGCAUUUAUUGAGGAACCUGUUUGAGACAAUGUUUCCUUAGAAUUUACUGAUGCAGUGAAUAUAUGUAGCUUCUUUAAAUAUUUGUCAGAGGCAGGAUUUAAGAACAAAGAAACUACUGUCCUAAAUCAUGGGGUGGCAAUUUUUAUUAUUGGGAAAUGGCUUAAAAUGUUAUCUUCACAUUAAUCAAUGAUAUCUGUUGUG